CCCUGGCUCGCCGGAGACCGUUUCCUUCAUCACUGGCCCCAGGGCUCUGAAUAGCGGCUAAGCUUCCCAGGGCUGGCUCCUCAGAGAUGCGUGGCACCUUCAGGAGGACUGUAGAACCCAGCUGUGUUUUUGGACUAUGACGACAUAUCGACCCAUUCAGAAUGAAGGUGUGGAUGUGGGAGGUGGUGGAGGGGGGAAAGGGAGCGACCCUCUCUCGGGCCCCCACGGAGGGGAUUUUUUCCCUUCUGGAUUUUGGGCACAGAAUGGCAGCCCAUCGCAGCCGGCCCCCCCUGCCAGCGAGAAUGCAGUAGCAUCGCGCUCCAGUGCCACGACCCCCGCAAUGCCCAAGAUGGGCGUGCGUGCCAGGGUGGCUGACUGGCCCCCAAAGCGAGAGGCUCUGAAGGACCAGGCUAUCUCCAGCCCGUCCCUAGACAUGGACAGUGCCAAAACUGGGCCCUCUCAGAACGGCCAGCCCCUCCCCAGCAGCUCCAGGGCAUCCGGGUCUCGAGCGUUCCACCGCUUGUCACGCAGGAGGUCCAAGGACGUUGAAUUCCAGGAUGGGUGGCCGCGAUCUCCAGGCCGAGGGUUUAUUCCUCUGCGGAACCGAAGCAACAGCGAGAUCACCCUCAGCGAGUGUGACGUGGAAGAGCCCUUUGAGCCGAGGGGCGCCCGGUACGUGGGGGGGCUGCCUCUUUUCCGGGAGUAUGGCAGCACGUCAUCCAUCGAUGUGCAAGGCAUCUCGGAGCAGAGUCUUUUUGACAUUCUCAAUGAGUUUCGCAAUGAGAAGCUAGAGCCCCACGGGACGGGUUCUGAAAAGCUGAAUGAGCUGCUCACGGCUGACACAGGCACAGCCUCCCACCUGCACCUUGCCGGCGGCUCAAAGACGGCCAUCCGCAAUGGCCAGUCCCACAAGGAUGACUUCCUGCUGCAGCCCAAGGAGAAAGAUAAGCUCCGGAAGAAGGCCACCAAGGGUGGGGAUGCAGGCGACUCCUCCAUCUUCCGGAAGCUAAGGAGCACCAGGAACGACGGUGAGCCGCUGGGAAAGGCUUUUGCUGAUGCUGAUGACGGUGGGGGUGGCAGCAGGCUCCAGGAGAGCAGCAGGCCCUGGGUCUGCCAGAAGAGCUUCGCCCACUUUGAUGUGCAGAGCAUGCUGUUUGACCUGAAUCAGGUUGCUGCCAACAGACUGUCAGCGGCGGCCCAGCGGCGGAACACGACGACGGGGGCAUCAGCGGCAUCGGCGGGCUCAGUGGCCGCGUCCAGGGCCUUCGGAUUGGGGGGUCCGGACCCAUCUUUCCCCAGCAUGGAGGACCUGAAGUACAAGGAGAAUUUGGAGCAGGACCUCGGAGACAGCAACAGCAAUGACCUCCUCCUCAGCUGCCCGCACUUCCGCAAUGAGAUUGGGGGCAUGAGUGAGCGCAAUGUCAGCUUCUCACGAGCCUCUGCUGGCUCGCCAGGUGGCGGGGGCGCACCAGAGCCUGCCCUGGGCACCUACUGCACCAAUGCCAGCAUCUCAGUGCUUGAGUCCCCCAGGGAGGCGCAGAGGAGCCAGGGCAGGCUCAAACUCUACAGCAUUGAGCAUGUGGACUUGGGCGCACGCUACUACCAGGACUACUUUGUCGGCAAAGAGCAUGUCAACUACUUUGGCGUGGAUGAGAAGCUGGGGCCUGUCGCAGUGAGCAUUAAGCGGGAGAAGUUGGAAGACCACAAGGACCACGGCCCGCAAUAUCAGUACCGCAUCAUCUUCCGGACGAGUGAGCUCAUCACUCUUCGGGGCUCUAUCCUGGAGGACGCCACCCCUACAGCCACCAAGCAUGGGACAGGCCGAGGCCUACCCUUGAAGGACGCGUUGGAGUACGUCAUUCCUGAGCUCAACAUCCACUGCCUGCGGCUGGCCAUGAGCACUCCCAAAGUGACCGAACAGCUGCUGAUGCUCGAUGAGCAGGGGCUGUGUCGGAAACACAAAGUCGGCAUCCUGUACUGUAAGGCUGGCCAGAGCUCUGAGGAGGAGAUGUACAACAACGAGGAGGCUGGGCCGGCCUUUGAGGAAUUCCUCUCGGUGCUUGGAGACAAAGUCUCUCUCAAGGGCUUCAACCGCUACGCUGCACAACUGGAUGUUAAAACUGACUCCACUGGAACGCAUUCUUUGUACACAACUUACCAAGAGUAUGAGCUCAUGUUCCAUGUCUCCACCAUGCUUCCCUACACCCCCAACAAUCGGCAGCAGUUACUAAGGAAGAGACACAUAGGAAAUGACAUUGUGACCAUCAUCUUCCAAGAGCCUGGAGCCCUGCCCUUCACCCCCCAGAAUAUCCGUUCCCAUUUCCAGCACGUCUUUAUCAUUGUCCGAGUUCACAACCCUUGCACUGAUGCUGUUUGUUACAGCGUGGCUGUGAGUCGAUCCAAAGAUGCCCCUCCGUUUGGCCCUCCCAUCCCAAACGGAGUCACAUUCCGCAAAUCGGAUGUCUUCCGAGACUUCUUAUUGGCUAAAGUGAUAAAUGCCGAGCACGCUGCCCACAAGUCUGAUAAAUUCCACACCAUGGCCACUCGGACAAGGCAGGAGUACCUCAAGGACCUGGCUGAAAACUGUGUGACCAACACUCCCAUUGACUCCACGGGGAAAUUUAACUUAAUCUCACUCACCUCCAAGAAGAAGGAGAAGACAAAAGCUCGGGCGGGCGCCGAGCAGCACAGCACGGGGGCCAUUGCAUGGAGGGUGGCCGCCCAGGAUUUUGCACAAGGGGUGGAGAUUGAGUGUAUAUUGGGGAUUUCGAAUGAGUUCAUCGUCCUCCUGGACCUACGCACUAAGGAAGUGGUAUUCAAUUGCUUUUGUGGGGACGUCAUUGGCUGGACCCCAGACUCCUCCACGCUCAAGAUCUUCUAUGGGCGAGGGGACCACAUCUCCAUACGUGCCUCCGAAGGGUCCCCUGAGGACAUUAGGGAAAUUGUCCAGAGACUCAAGGUAAUGACCAGUGGCUGUGAAACAGUGGACAUGACCCUGCGGCGGAAUGGGCUGGGCCAGCUGGGCUUCCACGUCAAGUAUGACGGCACCGUCGCGGAAGUGGAAGACUAUGGCUUUGCCUGGCAGGCAGGACUCCGACAGGGCAGCCGGCUGGUGGAGAUCUGCAAGGUGGCCGUGGUCACCCUGACACAUGACCAGAUGAUUGACCUGCUGCGGACCUCAGUCACUGUGAAGGUGGUCAUCAUCCCUCCGUUUGAGGACGGGACUCCUCGGAGGGGAUGGCCAGAGACCUGUGACAUGAAUACCUCGGAGCCUAAGGCAGAGCCAGAGAGCACAGCGGCCCGGCCCCCAUAUCGGAGCAGCUCUUCCUGGCAGUGGAGCGGGCCUGCUUCCCACAACUCCUUGCAGGCCUCCAAGUGGGCUGCACCCGGGACCACAGGCCAUGCCCAGUCACUCAGCCGGCCGCCAAAGCCCACACCGGGGGUCCCUUACCGGGAAACCCAGCCAAUGCACAGCAAACGGCCUGUCAGCUUUCCAGAAAAUGCCUAUCCAGCUUCACCAGCAGGGAUGGACAGAGUUCAGCCUUAUCGACAACCUUCGGGGAGUUUCUCCACUCCGGGCUCAGGGGGAGCCUCCUCCUACACACGCUACAAGCCAUCCCCAGAGAGAUAUGCAGUCUCCCAGCAUCCUCUGCUGCCGCUCGAGCCCCACUACGGCCACGAAGGGCUGUCCAGCGGUGACUCCUCCUCAGGCGGCCUGACCAGCCAGGAGAGCACCAUGGAGAGGCAGAAGCCAGAGCCCUUGUGGCACGUGCCAUCCCAGUCUCGCCUCUCGGCCAUGGGUGCGAACAGCGGGAGCAGACACAUCAGCAGACAGGAUGUGGCAGGCAAAGAUUCCCCCAACCGGCAUUCCAGAGGCGAGCCUCAAUAUUCAAGCCAUUCCAGCAGCAACACGCUGUCCAGCAAUGCAUCCAGCAGCCACAGCGAUGAGCGCUGGUUCGACAGCCUGGAUGCCCUGGAGGCCGAGCAGGACCCCCUCUCCAAGGGCGGCUCCAGCGACAGUGGCAUCGAGACCACCAUCUGCACCGUCAGCCCCGGCGGCCUGCCGCGGCCGCCCAAAUUACAGAAACCCGCUUACGGGGGGCACGGGGACAAGAGCCUCUACCAUUCGGACAAGCGUCGAGAGACCCUGUCUGCCGGUGGCCAGGGCAAAGGCUACCGGCCCAAACUGUACUCAGCCAGCUCGAGCACCCCCUCAGGACCUGUGGGCCCCGGGAACAAUCACGAUCUGCUCAAGCAGCCCAGUAACGUGAGCUCCAGAACCGCCUACCCCGCUCAGGUUUACAAAAUGCCAGUGACGGAGAACACCAGGGCCCCUCCACUGACCCAGCCCAUCCCCUUCCAGCUGUCGGCCUCAGUCCCCAAGUCCUUCUUCUCCAAGCAGCCUGUACGGAAUAAGUACCCCACCGGAUGGAAGAGACCAGAGGAGCCCGCCCCUCGGCCACUGGCCUUUUCUGACCCCAAGAAGCAAAUCGAUAUGAACACCAAGAAUGUCUUUGGGCAGCCCAGGCUGAGGGCAUCCCUGCGCGAUCUCCGCUCACCCCGGAAGAAUUACAAGUCAACCAUUGAGGACGACCUCAAGAAGCUCAUCAUCAUGGACCCCUUGACCCCAGAGCAGGAGCGGGAUUCUUCAUCCCCCCAGAAGGCGCUGCAGAGGACCCUGUCUGAUGAGAGCUUGUGCAGCGGUCGGCGGGAGGCCUCAUACUCAAGCCCCCCCUGCUUUGAGCCGGGCCUGCCCAGCGACGUCCUCUUCACGAGCACCUACCCCUCGAGCACCCUGCCCUCCCGCCGACAACACCAGCACUCGCACCCGCUCCCAGCCGGUGGCAAUGGGUUCCCCGAAAAGAAAUCCACCAUCUCGGCCUCGGAGCUCUCCUUGACCGACGUACGGGACCGGCCAAUGAGGCGCCUGGACCCCGGGAUGAUGCCCCUCCCUGACACUGCUGCUGGCCUCGAGUGGUCCAGUCUGGUCAAUGCUGCAAAGGCUUAUGAAGUGCAGCGAGCUGUCUCUCUCUUCUCUCUCAACGACCCGGCCCUGAGCCCCAACGUUGCACCAGCACACAGCCCAGUCCACUCAAGCCUGGAGAGGACGCCCACCACCCCCCGGACAACCCCCACGAUGAGCGAGGAGCCCCCUGUGGACCUGCCUGGGAAGGUGUACCAACUAGAAGUGAUGCUGAGGCAGCUACACAACGACCUUCAGAAGGAGAAACAGGACAAGGUGGUCCUGCAGACGGAGGUGGCCACCCUGAGGCAGAACAACCAGCGGCUGCAGGAGGAAUCGCAGGCGGCCAAUGAGCAGCUGCGAAGGUUUGCCGAGAUCUUCUCCACCACUGUGGAGAAAAAGGAGCCCUGAAGGGAGGGGUCUUCUGGGGCCUCCCCCCACCCCCUGCCCGUCCCCUACUCCCCUCUUCCCUCGGGCUGGCCAGUGCUGCGGGCCACCUCAGAGCCCACCCCUGGCAAAGUCACAGUUGUUGGGGAGCCCUUGCCCUGUCCCAUGGUGGGGGGCUGUCCCCUGUGUAUCCCAUGGCACAUCUGCUGCUCACUGCCUCUUCUCCUGGGGCAGCACAGGGUGCCAGGCUGUCCCCAAAGGCAGGGUGGAGAUGGGUCCUUGGAGUCACUUGGGCUUGAGGGCAUGUAGAGGCUCCCCUGCCCAGAAGCCCCUGGGGCAGUAUACCCACACUAGUGACCAGUCUUCCUCACUGUCAUGAAACCUUGAACCCACUGGCCAGCCCUUGGUAUAUUGAGUUCCAAUGCAAUAUAGAAACCCUUUGGACCAACUGGGGGGGUGGGGGUAGACAGGGGGAAUGCCUCCCCUACCUGCCCCUUCCCAUCAAGUUUCCGAAAAAACGGAGCACUUUUUUCCAAGCUAAAUUACUUUCUAGUAAACCCAAGGUGGAGAAAUCCCAAUGUUCAGAGUGUAAAUGUUCUUUAUCGGGACAGAGAGAAAGAAACACUAUAUUUGUAUAAAUAGGACAGUUUGUAGUCUUUUUUUCUACGAGACUUGUCUGGCCGCCAAGGGCAGCCUGCUUGGCCCAGUAGUCACUAAAGGGUGGGGUUGGGGCUGCUGUUGGCUUUACCCCCUUCCUCCUUCCCCUGCCCCUCAGGGCCCGCUUAGCACUGAUGCCAAAACUACUGAAUCCAGACUGUGGCUGAGGGCUGGGGGCUCCGGCCCGUGGUGAGGCUGCACAUGGCCUUUGUCCCCCACUCCGAGCUUACCCUGAGGCCCACUCCAUAUUCCUGAACAUGGGGUCCAAACCCCCCAUCUCUUCCCCUGCUAAGGAGGGGCUGGGGUGGGAGAAUUAGAAAGGAGUUUUCUUUUCUCUUUUUUUCCUUUGAAAGCCACCAGGGUCCUUGGACUCUGGUUGAGGCUUCAGGCCUGCUCCUAUAGGACACACACUGGGGCAGCCCUUCCCUCGCUGCCUGCAGCUUCUCUAAGGCAAUAAGGAAUGACAGGCCGGGCGGCAGGCCUGCGCACCCGGCCUGGCAGCUACAUGUGGUACUAUGCUGGGAGCUUAGGAAAAGAGCAGCUGUUUUUUUCUUUAAAAAAAGUAUAAAUAUAAUAUAUAUUUAUUUUUUCAUGCAAAGCCACCACAGAACAAUUCAGUAGUAAUCCUCUGUGGAUCUAUUUCCAGCCUCAUGCUGAGGACACAAUCUUCAAAGCCAAGUUUCCCAUAGAUUCCCCCAACCCAAGCUGGGCCAAUCGCAGCCCCAGGCCCCAGAGGCUAGAGGAGGACAGCCAAGCAAGGGGGUGGCCGGGCUGGAGAGCCCUGGAGGCUCCCGUGUCUUCCAUGGCCCAGAGUCAAAGAAAGCCACAUCGGGGUCUGGAGACUUGGGCUGCGGCUAGACUGGUUUUUUUCCUCCAAAGAAUCCUCUGGUCAUCUUCUAGAAAAGAGGGGUGUGCUUGGCAGCAGAUCCCAGGUCUCCUUUUCCUCCCUUGACAUGGCUGUAGGCAGAUGUGGGGCCCUCUGGCCCCCAAAGCAGCACCCCCAACUCCAGCCCUGACAUUUGUCUCACCCCCCCCUUAAUGGGGGCCAUCUCCCUGGUGCAGAAAGGGUUCAUUAAGAGGGGGAGGGGGAAGGGAAAGGGGUGUUAACCACAUCUUCCUCCAAUGUAAUUAGGCCCCUUCAGUUUCAAACCAGCUCAGUCCUGAUUGGAUGAGAGAGAGCAGGGGAUAAAAUAUUGGAGAUAGGAAAAUGUAUCCAUAAAUCUCCUAGCUGCCCUUCCCCCUGCCAGAUGGGCUACAGGGAGGCCCUGGUGAGUGUGGCCCUCCCAUUACUGGCCCAGUCGCCUUACUUCGGUGUCUCUCCCAGCCCUUCUCUCUGGGGUCUCCCUAGGAGGGCCCCCUACCCUUCCAAUGCUUUUGUCUCCCCUUCAUGUCUAGGGAUCAUUCAAAUCAUUCUGGGGCGUGAUUGUAUACGUUGACCAAGUGUAAAUUACAGCCGUUGCGGUUUUUUGUUAUCAUUUUGUAAGGAUCUAUACAGAUAAAAUCUGUCUAUUUAAUUUUGCCCUGGCAUUUUUCUUGGUGGUUGACAGCAGCACCUUUUCCUAUGUCGACUGGUUUUUUUUUGUUUGUU